AAAUAGAAAAAAAAAAAAGGUGAGGGAGGAUGACCUCGCUCUGGGCGAUGAGAUACGCCUUGCAGAUCAUGGUGUCGAUUUUUCAGUUGGAAUUAUUAUCGUAUCGUAUCGGAGAUUGCCGUGUGGUCUGAACCCGAACUCGAUCAAGAACUCGACGCAAAUUUCUCUUGGAGUGCCGGAGGCCGUUGUCUUCGU